AUGGAGUUUCUGCCCGGUGGGGACCUCAUGGCUUUGAUUAACAGAUAUGAAGAUCAGCUAGACGAGUCUAUGGCUCAGUUUUACCUGGCGGAGCUCGUUCAGGCCAUUCACUCAGUCCAUCAGAUGGGAUACGUUCACAGAGAUAUUAAACCAGAAAACGUUCUGAUCGACCGGACGGGUCACAUUAAACUGGCCGACUUUGGAUCGGCGGCCAGAUUGACUGCUAACAGAACGGUGACGAGCUCCAAACUCCCGGUGGGCACUCAAUACUUCCUGGCCCCUGAGAUCCUGUCCGCGCUCAACGGAGGGCCGACGUGCAGCUACGGCCCCGAGAGCGACUGGUGGUCCCUAGGCGUCAUUGCUUAUGAAAUGAUCUACAUGAAAUCACCCUUCGCUGACGGCACGUCCACAAAAACCAUCAACAACAUCAAGAACUUUCAGCGUUUUCUGAAGUUCCCAGAGGAACCCAAAGUCAGCGCUCAGUUUGUUGACCUGCUCCAGAGUUUGUUAUGUGGAUCGCGGGAGCGUUUGGGAUACGAGGGCCUGCGCUCGCAUCCGUUCUUCUCCUCCAUCAACUGGACCAACCUGAGACACGCGCUCCCUCCAUUCGUUCCGUCUCUGCGUUCCGAGGAUGACACCUCCAAUUUCGAGGAGCCUGAGAGGCCCCCCCGCCCCGCGGCCGCUGCCCAGCGAGAUCAUCCUCGCACAGGCUUCCACGGACAAGACCUGCCCUUUGUAGGGUGGUGCUUCAGUCGGGCCCUGAGCGCACUGGCCAAGUCUGAAUCGGUUGGCACAGGGCUCAACUCUCCUGCCAAGACCAACUCCAUGGAAAAAAAGCUGCACCUCAAAAGCAAAGAACUGCAAGACACUCAAGACAAAUGUCACAAGAUGGAGCAGGAGAUCUCGCGGUUUCAGCGUAAGAUGACUGACCUGGAGUCAGUCCUCCAGCAGAAGGAUGUGGAGCUCAAAGCCUCCGAGACCCAGAGAAGCAUCUUGGAGCAGGACCUCGCCACCUACAUCACCGAAUGCAGCAGUCUGAAGCGCAGUCUGGAGCAGGCUCGUGUUGAAGUGUCACAGGAAGAUGAUAAAGCUCUCCAGCUCCUCCAUGACAUCCGAGAACAGAGCAACAAACUCCAGGAGAUCAAGGAGCAGGAGUAUCACGCUCAGCUGGAGGAGAUGCAGGUGACCAUCAGACAGCUGGAGGAGGACCUGUCUGCAGCCCGCCGCCGCAGCGACCUGUACGAGACCGAGCUGCGAGAGUCACGGCAGACCAGCGAAGAGCUCAAGAGGAAAGCAGCCGAAUACCAGCAGAGGAUCCAGAAGGCGAAGGAACAGGGCAAAGCAGAGGUGGAGGAGCUGCUCUCUAAACUUGAGAAGACGAACGCCGAGCAGCAGCUGAAGAUCCAGGAGCUGCAGGAUAAGCUCUCAAAGGCGGUGAAGGCGAGCACAGAAGCCACGGAGCUGCUGCAGAACAUCCGUCAGGCCAAAGAGCGUCUGGAGCGAGAACUCGAGCGUCUGCGCAGCAAAUCUGACCCCAGCGACACAUUGCGCAGACGCCUGCGAGAGACUGAGGAGGGCAGAAAGACUUUGGAAAACCAAGUGAAGCGUCUGGAGAUGGUGGAGCGUCGAGAGAAUAAACUGAAGGACGACAUCCAGACCAAAUCCCAACAGAUCCAACAGAUGGCUGAGAAGAUACUGGAGCUCGAGGAAAACUUGCGGGAGACUCAGGCUACAGCACAGAGGAUGGAAGCCCAUCUGGUCCAGAAAGAGCGACUCUAUGAGGACAAAAUCAAGGUUCUGGAGGCUCAGAUGAAAGCAGAUCUGGCUGAUAAAGAGUGUCUGGAGCAGAAACGAGCUCAACAUGAGGAAGAGGCGCGGGAGAAAUGCAAACUUAUCAGUGAGCAGAAAGCUACCAUCAACGCCAUGGACAAUAAGAUGAAGAGUCUGGAGCAGCGGAUCGCUGAACUCUCUGAAGCCAAUAAACUGGCGGCCAACAGCAGCAUUUACACACAGAAAAACAUGAAAGCUCAGGAGGAGAUGAUCUCGGAGCUGCGGCAGCAGAAGUUUUACCUGGAGUCGCAGGCGGGGAAACUGGAAGCUCAGAAUGCUAAACUGGAGGAACAUCUGGAGAAGAUGAGCCAGCAGGAGCAGAGCAGGAAGAGCCGCAUUCUGGAGCUGGAGACCAGACUCAGAGAGAUGGGUCUGGAGCACGAGGAGCAGAAGCUGGAGAUCAAGCGUCAGGUGACGGAGCUCACGCUCUCACUGCAGGAGAGAGAGUCUCAGAUCAGCAGCCUGCAGGCGGCGCGGCACGCGCUCGAGAGUCAGCUACAGCAGGCCAAGACCGAGCUGGAGGAGACGACGGCCGAAGCCGAGGAGGAGAUCACUGCGUUGAGAGCCCACAGAGAUGAGAUCCAACGCAAGUUUGACGCACUGAGGGACAGCUGCUCGGUGAUCACAGACCUGGAGGAGCAGCUGACCCAGCUGACCCAGGAGAACGCCGAGCUGAACCGGCAGAACUUCUACCUGUCCAAACAGCUGGACGAGCUGACGGUGGAGAGCGAGGAGCGACUGCAGCUCAGUCAAGACGUGGACCGUCUGCGCAGAGAGGUGGCCGACCGAGAGAUGCACCUCAACAACCAGAAACAGGUGCGCAAACACGUCUGCUCAUCCUCUGCACACUCAAACCACUUUAAAUUAACUCCAUAUGUGGAGCCAAUCCAGUUCUCUAUGCAUUCACGGUUGCGAGCGGAUCAGCGCAGUACAGAGUCUCGGCAGGCGGUUGAGCUGGCCGUCCGCGAACACAAGGCAGAGAUCGUGGCUUUGCAGCAGGCCCUGAAAGAGCAGAGACUGAAAGCAGAAAGUCUGUCUGAUACUCUCAAUGACCUGGAGAAGAAACAUGCCAUGCUGGAGAUGAACGCAAGGAGCCUUCAGCAGAAACUCGAGACGGAGAGAGAACUCAAACAAAGACUCAUGGAAGAGCAAGGGAAGCUGCAGCAGCAGAUGGACCUGCAGAAGACGCACAUCUUCAGACUGACGCAGGGACUGCAGGACGCGCUGGACCAGACCGACCUGCUGAAGACCGAGAGAACCGACCUCGAGUACCAGCUGGAGAACAUCCAGGCCGUCUACUCGCACGAGAAAGUGAAAAUGGAGGGAACUAUCUCACAGCAGACCAAACUCAUCGACUUCCUGCAGGCCAAGAUGGACCAGCCCACCAAGAAGAAGAAGGGUAUUUUUGGGCGGCGGCGUGAGGAGGUGGGUGUCACGGCUAACAGCGCCGCCGCGGUCUCGUCUCAACCCGCCGUUCCCCUGCAGUACGGCGACAUGAAAGCAGCGCUGGAGAACGAGCGAGUGCGCUGCUCAGAGCUGGAGGAGGCGCUGCAGAAGAUGAGGAUCGAGCUGCGCUCCUUACGAGAGGAGGCAGCUCAUUUUAAAGCGCAGGAGCACAUGGCUCCGUCCACGCCGGCGUCGGCCCGUCAGCAGAUCCUCAUGUCGGCCAUCGUGAAAUCUCCGGAGCGCCAGCCCAAUCCCAGCAGCCUCCUGAACCCUUCCAGCUCGGCCCGCCGCAAAGAGAGCUCCACGCCGGAGGAGAAGAGGAGGGUGACGUUUGAAAAUAUCCCGUAUGUGCUGAAGCUGGAGUCUCAUCCUCACACCACGUGUUGGCCGGGUCAGUCUCUGUACUUCAUGGCUCCUAGUUUCCCAGAUAAGCAGCGCUGGGUGGCUGUUCUGGAGUCAGUGGUGGCUGGCAGCAGAGGAUCCCGAGAGAAAAGCGAAGCGGACUCGAAGCUGCUGGGAAACUCUUUGCUGAAGCUGGAGGGAGACGAUCGGCUGGAUAUAAACUGUACUUUACCUCUGACUGACCAGAUCGUGCUGGUGGGCUCAGAGGAGGGUCUGUACGCCCUGAACGUCAUCAAGAACUCUCUCACACACAUCCCAGGACUCGACUCUGUGUUCCAGAUCCAGAUCCUGAAGGAGCUCGACAAGCUGCUCAUGAUCACCGGUGAGGAGCGCGCUCUGUGUCUGGUGGACAUUAAACGGGUCAAGCAGUCCCUGGCUCAGUCUCAUCUGCCGGCACAGCCUGAUCUCAGUCCCUAUGUCUUUGAGGCGGUGAAAGGCUGCCACCUCUUUGCUUCCGGAAAGAUCGACACGUGCAUGUGUAUCUGUGCCGCGAUGCCCAAUAAAAUCACCAUCCUGCGCUUCAACGACACGCUCAACAAGUUCUGCAUCAGAAAGGAGAUCGAGACGUCUGAACCCUGCAGCUGCAUCCACUUCACCGGAUACAGCAUCAUCAUCGGCACCAACAAGUUCUACGAGAUUGAGAUGAAGCAGUACGUGCUGGAAGGUGAGAUGAUCCACACACACACUCACUCACUCACUCACACACACACUCACUCACUCACUCACUACCUGCUCUGCUUCCACGAGUUCGGUGUGUUUGUGGACGCGUACGGCCGCAGGAGUCGCAGCGAUGACAUCAAAUGGAGCCGCCUGCCUCUGUCCUUCGCGUACCGAGAGCCGUACCUGUUUGUGACCUACUUCAACUCUCUGGACGUCAUCGAGGUUCAGAGUCACUCUGCGCUCGGGCCUCACGCUUACGCUCACCUGGACAUUCCUAACCCGCGUUACCUGGGUCCGGCCAUCUCAUCCGGCGCUGUGUAUCUGGCCUCGUCCUUCCAGAACAAGCUGCGCGUGAUCUGCUGCAAAGGCAACCUGAGUCAGGAGGCAUCGGCGGCAGAAGCGCAGAGAAACGGCUCCACACGCAGCCCAAACAAGCGCGGCCCUCCCACCUACAACGAGCACAUCUCCAAGCGUCUGGCUGCUAUGCCCGCUGUACAGGAGGGUCUCCACCAGCCCGGGACGCCCCACCGCUACCGCGAGGCUCGCACCGAGUUCAGGCGGGACAAGUCUCCCGCGCGGCCCCUGGACAGAGAGAAGUCCCCGGGCCGGCUGGAGCGGUCCCCCGGCAGGAUGAUGGACCCUCGGCUGGACCGCUCGCCGGGACGUGUCAUGGACCUGCGCAGGGAGAGGUCACCCGGUGUGGGAUCAGUCGUCAGUGUAAGAGUCAUCAGUGAAGAACAGAUCCGAUCCCGUCUGGAUGAGGAAACUCUCAGCACAACGUCCUGCUCACCAGGCCUUACAAACACAGACCAUCACACACCGAUCCGGCCAGCAGUGGCUCAUUUAGCUGGAAUCAAGCUGGCGAUGGUUUGGCCUCAUCCGCUCGCUGACGUCUCGUUCUGUCGCAUGGAGAUGUUGUGA